ACCCCCUCCUCACUGUGUGGAGAAAAACAUGGCGGGCAAGCGCUGAAACCUACAUUAGAAACAAAUUCAAACGUUACUAAGAAGUUUUGCAGCUUUGACAACAAGGAGCGAGGUCACUUUAAUUUGGACGCCAUCCCCUCUUGGCGGAGGAAAAAAAAAAAGGGCGCACUUCUGAUGAAGGGAGACUCAUCCAGAGAGGAAAAACGCCGACACACGGUUAUGAAGUUUUAAGUGUGACUGAGUUGUUAUCUGAUCCAAAUUAGUGGAGCAUGAGGAAACCUGUGCCACAAAAACCUUUAGAAUGGAAAGAUACCAGAAUAAUCAAGCAUCCUCGGAGUGGACGGCCCUCCCGAGUGCCCUCCGAGUAUCAAGGUCACUUCAGUUGGGAGAAGUAUCUGAAAGAGACUGGUGCUGUUGCUGCUCCUUCUUCCUGUUUCAAACAGAGUCUCACACCUCCAGUCAAUGAGUUCAAGGUGGGCAUGAAACUGGAAGCCCAGGACCCACGGAACACCACGUCCACCUGCAUCGCCACAGUGGUGGGCCUGACGGGCUCGCGACUUCGGCUGCGUUUAGACGGGUCUGACAAUAAGAACGACUUCUGGCGCCUGGUGGAUUCUUCAGAGAUUCAGCCAAUUGGUAGCUGUGAAAAGAAUGGAGGCAUGCUACAGCCUCCACUGGGUUUCCGUCUCAAUGCGUCCUCUUGGCCCAUGUUUCUUCUGAAAACACUAAAUGGUGCUGAAAUGGCUCCAUCUCGCAUUUUUCACAAGCAGGAGCCUCCCGCUCCAGAGCAGAACUCUUUCCAGGUGGGAAUGAAGCUGGAGGCAGUGGAUCGGAAAAAUCCACACUUUAUCUGCCCGGCAACAGUUGGUGCGCUGCGUGGAGUGGAGGUGCUGGUCACCUUUGAUGGAUGGCGCGGGGCCUUUGAUUACUACUGCCGCUAUGACUCGCGGGACAUCUUCCCAGUUGGUUGGUGUACCCUCACUGGAGACAACCUUCAGCCGCCCGGCACCAAAGCUGUGUUGCCUAAGAAUCUUGGAGUACUGACAGACGGAAGUGAGGAGAGCCCAGCAAUGAAUCCCACGCCCACUGUGGGUAGACCUCCAGGUCAGAGAGGACGUAAGUCAGGCCGCGGAAAAAUAAAAGUGACGAGCUCCUGGAGUCCAAAACCUUCUGCACUGGUAGCUCAGAACAUUCAAUCAGAAAGGGGGUUGGAGCCCAUCAAGAUCCCCAAGAAACGAGGACCUAAGCCUGGCAAUAAGCUGGGCUGGGCAAAAAGAGCUGGCUGGUUGGAGGAGGUCAUGGCUGGCCCCGGACGGCCCAGAGGCAGACUGGUUGCCAGUUGGGCACAAAGGAUAGCUCUGCAACAAGCCCAAGCUCAGGCAGAACUUAUAAAGAUGCCAAAGAAAAGAGGACCCAAACCUGGCAGCAAGAGAAAACCUCGAGUGAUACCCAAUCUAGUCCCUGCAUCUCCCACCAGCAGCACCCCGGAGCCAGACACCAGCACUGUACCCCAAGACAACGCCACCAUCCCCAACUCUGCACUACAGGCUCCCACAGUUUGUGUGUACCUGAAUAAGUAUGGCAAAGUGGGACCCCACCUGGACCAGAGGCGUAUCCAGCACCUUCCAGAUCACUUUGGUCCAGGUCGAGCCUCCUCAGUUCUUCAGCAGUGUGUUCAAGCUUGUGUGGACUCGGCCUACAACCAGGGUUCCGUCUUCUCCUGCCUCAAGUCUGGACAAGGAGGCGAGGUCAUUUCAGCCUUCUUUGACAAGCAGCAGCACACCCUGACACUCCCUACAGUCAGCAGCGUCACCUACGUUCUCCGUUUCCUGGAAAAACUCUGCCACAACCUUCACUGUGACCCUCUGUUUGGCAGCCAGCCUGUAGCCAGAGGAAAUCUGCACUACGACAGUCACUCAUACACUACAGAGAGAAGACGUUUUGGAAACAGUCUGACCACAGGCCCAGGCCAAAGCACCAAGCACUUCCAUCGGGACUUCAACGGUUCCCUCUCUCAGAAACAUGCAAAAAUCCCUCGACACUCUACUAAUGGCGAGCCUUUCAGUGAGAGCACUGUUGCAGCACCAGAGCACUUGAAGAAGAUUUCUGCUUCCCCAAAUUCUCCAGGAUUGAUCAGAUCACCUUCCAAACUGCUGCAUCAUAACAGCUCCACAGGUUCAGGCAGUUUUCGAGAAAGCCCCAGGCCCAGCAGUCAGGAUCCGAAUCUGUGGACUGUAGAGGAAGUCAUGAAAUAUAUUCGAGAUAUUGACCCGGUGCUAGCUCCACAUGCUGACCUCUUCAGAAAACAUGAUAUUGACGGUAAAGCCCUCUUGUUGCUGCGCAGCGAUGUGAUGAUGAAAUACAUGGGUUUGAAACUUGGCCCCGCCCUCAAGCUCACCUUCCACAUCGACAAACUCAAGCGAGCUUGAGGAAGACGUCAACCAGCUGCAGCCUUCAAAAAGGCUUUCCUGUCACCCCAGCUCCCAUUUCUGGAGCCAGUAUAGCAUGCACUUCAUAUCAGACAUACUGUGUACUGACACAUGUAGCAACU